AUGGCUUCUUCGUGCUGCUCGAAUGAAGUGAUCGUACACCUACAGUCCGAAAUUCUAAUACCAGAUUACUCCAGAUACUACAACACCCCGAUUUCUGAUUUCAAGGGUCCUUCCUAUCAACCACUUGAGGAUGGGUCUUUGGUGACGGCAGCAUUCAUUGAGGAUCUGCGGAACGCCAACAUCACAUUCACUGUGCUAGUUAUGCUGGCCGUAAUAUUUCUGCAUAAUUCAUUCGUAUCCGCCAAUUACAUCCGUCGAGCGCGUAUCCGACAAAAGACGUUGUUCUAUCAGCUCCAUUUCAGUCAACUUCUGGGAUGCGUCGGGACGUUUCCGCAGAUCGUUUCGUUCUUUCAGCGAGAACCGAACUGCUCUGCUGUGAUUCUUAUAGCUGGCAUCGCUUCUCCGUUAUCUCUCACUUUUUUGAUGACUGGGAUACUCGGCUUCAAAGCUUACAAAUGCUUGGAGGAUUCCAUUCUCGUUGCUGUCGUUCUUUGUGUCCUACUCACCGGUUAUAUGGUGGCCACUGUGCUCGAUAUCAUUCAUACACGAGGUGUUCAAAAGCUGUCUGGAAGCUGCGCGCGCAUUGUUGAUAUCAGAUUUACCCGUAUGACGUUUGUAUUUGAAUUCGUGCAGUCACUUUUCCUCUGCUGUUGUUUCUUCUUCGCUGUUUGGAAAUCCCGAGGGUCCCCCAUAUAUAGGACACGUAUCAGCAAACGACUUUCCUUUGAAGAACCUGGCAAUCAGAUUCAGAGGGCCUCAGUCGCUGAUGGUCCCGUUGCGUCUAAGGAAUAUGUAUACAUCAGCUCCCACUCGGACGGGAGCUUGAUCUCGUUCAGUAUUUCCCACAUCUUUUCUCGCCUUCGGAAAGCGUUUUCUGGUUUUGUUUAUAAAGGACGGCCAACGUCAGCGACAUCGGAACGACUUUUGUCCAACACUUACCCUACGAACGGGGCAACACGUCUGUCACUCAUGCCUUCGUUAUCCAGCCGAAUUUCUCGAUACGUACCACGCAUGCAACUUUUGCACAACGUAAUGAAGGACGAGUUGUGUUAUACUUUGGCCAUCACGCUUACCUAUGUCGUGUCCACGGUACUGGUUGUUAUUGGGAUCAACUUUCAGAGCUCCCUUCCGAUCGUUGGAUGGAUCGGUUUGAAUUGGGUUAUUAUGUCUGUCCUAGCUAUGCAUAGCUUUGGGCGGGUAAUCAGGCGUCGCGAAACGGAAACUUCAAUACAACGCGUUUUGUUCGAAGGUGGAUGGCACAAUAACGGUUCCAUUGGACAUCUUCACAUACGCCGUGCCAGGGAGAGCGACACAAGUUGUCUCGAAGCCCAUUACCGAGACAAUACCGAGAGGCAGAGUUUUGGUCGUACCUCAAAGGACUCUAGCGUUAUGGAGAGCAAUAUGUCUCCCGCCACUCCGGUGGAUACUUUUGACUUUCCCAUUCCUCUUAACAUAUCGUCCCCUAUCGCUGUCCCUCCCCUUGCUCGAAAACCAUACACCUCCUUUACUACCCCACCUUGA